UCCUCUCGGACUAUUGAAGCAGAUUUCUUCACUUUAAUACACUGUCCUUGCUUACAUCCAGGACAUUUCCCUACGCACACGUCGCUAUCAUGUCGCUCAGCAAGACCGCUCUCGUCACCGGUGGGACCCGAGGAAUCGGCUACGGUAUAGCCGAGGAGCUCGCCUCUGUCGGCUAUGAUCUUGUGCUGGGCUACAGACAGAACCAAGAACGUGCCCAAGACGCCAAAGUACACCUGGAGGGAACGUACAAGGUGCGUGUGUUUCUGGUUGGGGGCGGGGUAGAAGAAGAAGCCACAGUAGACGCCUUGUUCUCCUGUAUCGACCAGAACUUCGGCGGCAAGCUGAAUGCACUCGUCCACAACGCCGGUGGCUACUGGGGAGGCCACACCCCGAGCAAACCUGACGCCAACGGCAGCUGGUUCCAAGGCUGGGAGGCGUACGAAUACUACCAGGGCAUGUACCCAAAAUGUUUCAUCAGGCUUGUGGAAAAAGCGGUCACCCGGAUGGAGGACGAGCGAGGGUACAUCGUCGGCAUGUCUUCUCCCGGGUGCAACAAUUCUACAAGCCCCUACUUUCACUACGUCACCCCGGGGAUAUCUAAAGCAAGUGUGGAGUAUCUGGUCCGGCACUACGCCAAGCAGCUUGCGCCCAGGAGGAUCACCUGUAACGUCGUCAUUCCCGGCUACAUCAAAACCGAAGCCUGGGGGCCAGUUAGGGAAGAGAGGGGGGAGGAUGUAGUCGAGGGUCUGGUAAAUUCUCUCGGUAUGAAGCGGUGGGGAUCUCCGCGUGAGGUUGGCGGUGUGGUGGCCUUCCUGUGCUCGGAAAAGGCGGCGUUCAUCACAGGAGUUGCACUACAUGCUGACGGUGGGUUACACCUGAAAUAAUCGCUUAGGACUAACAGUGACACGUUGGACUCUUUGCAUCCGAUAAAGGUCGUUUCAACAAGGUAGGAAUAUCUCUUCAGUUGAGGACACUCAUCCAAUUGCCGAAGGGUGUUUUAAUACAGGUCACAACAAGAGAACACAUAUUCUUUUUUCAUUAGCCGAGAUAGUAAUUUUAGCGUUGGGAAAAGAAAAGAGAUUUUUUGGUGUUUUAAGUUCGUGGUUAAAACAAUAUUUUAGCAUUGUAGUACAUUUUCUGUGUUAUCAGUCCCUGUACCGUUGGGCACAUUUUGUGCAAGGGCAUGGACAGAAUAGUACACAAUUCCUUUGUGGCCAGCAUGUCACUUUUGGUGCAUUUCUUCCUGCAAGGUGGGCAGAAA